GCUGUUCCGAGGGCGGUAUUUCGAGUCGUAAAGACGUGCUAUAAAUUGUAUUUGAACCUUAAUCUUAGAUCAUCAAAUGGAUCAAACUAUGGAUCAUUCACUCAUAAAGAGUGAGCGGGAGUAUGUUGAGUUUCUGGACGAAACGGAUGAGUAUAAGGAUCGCAUCAAUUCUUUAAUUACUCGUGAUGGCAUUCGUUUGAUGAUCAACAUUAAUGAUUUGCGCCGUGAGAAUUCUGGAAGAGCUAAAAAGCUCUUAGAAAACACCUGCUCGGAGAUAGUUGCUUGUCAAAGAGCAGUUAAGAAGUGCAUUCAAAACACAAACCCAGAUUUUGCGAAGACAAAGCAUGAGUUUUUUGUUGGUUUUGAAGGAAGUUUUGGGUCUCGACAUGUGACACCUCGUACUCUUAAUUCGAAACUAUUAGGAAAUAUGGUUUGUUUAGAAGGCAUAGUAACAAAAGCAUCACUUAUCCAUCCAAAAGUUGUAUGCAGUGUACAUUAUUGUCCAGCUACGAAAAAAACUAUUGAACGUCGGUAUGCUGAUUUGACAAGCUUGGAGCCAUAUCCAUCUGUUGGAGCAUAUCCAACAAAAGAUGAUGAAGGGAAUUUGCUGGAAACGGAAUAUGGACUAUCAGUUUACAGUGAUCAUCAAACAAUUACAAUUCAGGAAAUGCCAGAAACUGCUCCUGCUGGUCAAUUGCCUCGUUCCAUUGAUGCAUUGCUCGAUAACGACUUGGUGGAUGCUGUCCAACCUGGUGAUAGAGUGCAAAUUGUCGGUCAUUAUCGUUGCUUGCCAGGAAAGAAAAACGGAUUUACCACUGCAAAUUUUCGUACUGUAAUUAUUGCGAAUAAUGUACAGUCACUGAGCAAAGAAACUGGUCCAAGUUUUUCAGAGAAAGAUAUUAGUAUGAUGCGAUUAAUUUCAAAACGUAAUGAUGUUAUUAGUCUUUUAACUCGUUCCAUUGCACCAUCAAUUUGUGGCCAUGAGCACAUCAAGCAAGCGAUUCUUUUGUUACUAUUGGGAGGUGUCGAACGUCAACUUACUAAUGGUUCUCGUAUCCGUGGUGACAUAAACCUAUUGCUAAUGGGUGAUCCUUCAGUUGCAAAGUCACAAUUUCUACGUUUUGUUCUUCAUAUUGCACAUCGUGCUAUUGCUACAACUGGUCGCGGCUCGUCAGGAGUUGGUCUGACUGCUGCUGUUACAACCGAUAUGGAGACUGGUGAACGUUCGCUAGAGGCUGGUGCUAUGGUAUUAGCUGAUCGAGGUAUAGUUUGCAUAGAUGAAUUUGACAAAAUGUCCGAUAUUGAUCGAACUGCUAUUCACGAAGUAAUGGAACAAGGUCGUGUGACUAUCUCUAAAGCUGGUAUCCAGGCGAAAUUGAAUGCUAGAUGUUCAGUUUUAGCUGCAGCAAAUCCUGUUUACGGUAAAUAUGAUCAAUAUAAAACACCUAUGGAAAAUAUUGGUCUCCAAGACUCUCUUUUAUCUCGUUUUGAUUUACUCUUUAUUGUACUGGAUAAAGCUGAUCCGGACUCUGAUCGGGCAAUUGCUGAACAUGUUCUUAAAAUUCAUAGAUAUAGGGGACCAGGGGAACAAGAAGGUGAAGCGUUACCAUUACACUGUGCUACACAUUUACUUACUACAGGAGCUGAUCCACUGACUAUAGUGUCUCAAGAUGAUCAUGAUGAUGAUUUAGAUGGUAAUAACUCUCGUAGACAAGAAGAGGAUCAAGUCUAUGAACAACAAAAUGAAUUUCUUUUACCAUCUCGUGGUAGAAAACAAGAUCAAUUAACUAUUAAAUUUCUACAAAAGUAUAUUCAUGUUGCUCGACAAUUAAAACCACAAUUAACUAAAGAGGCAGCAUCAAUUUUAGCUGAAAAAUACUGUGAUCUACGUGCACAAGAAGCAUCUGAAACUAUGAGCCGACCUAAUCGCGGUGAACAAAAUCGUAUGCGUCGUACUCAACCAAUCACAGCGCGUAGUUUAGAAACCCUAAUACGUUUAUCUACUGCACAUGCUAAAGCACGUAUGUCUAAAACAGUUACUAAGAAAGAUGCUGAAGCUGCUGUUCAACUAAUAUCAUUUGUCUUGUUCAAAGAAGUUCUAGAGAAAACUAGACGAAAACGUGAUCGCAACUUAGAUGAUGAUGAUGAUGAUAAAGACUCUGAUGAAGGCGAGAAUGCAGACGGCGCUGAACGCGAUCAUUCACAACAACCUGCUAAACGAAGACCUAUUGCCACGGGAAAUGAUUCCGCUCCGGAUCCAAAUGAUCCUUAUGCAUUUACAGAAGAUCCAACUGUAACUAGAACUGAACCACUUGCGGAAACUGUCCCUAUUUCUUCUGCUUUACACCAAGAACGAACAUCUCAACUUUCAACCAUGAUUAGUCGCAUUUUUCAGGAACGUCGUGUUGAACAAUUAACAGUGACUGAGAUAACUAAUGUUGUUCGAUCACGAGGUGGUGGAUUUAGCCAAUCUGAUGUUCGUAUCACUUUAGAAUCCAUGCAUAAAGAUAAUCGUAUUAUGCUUGCCGGUGACGAUGUUUGGCUUAUAUAGUCUUUUUGACUUCAAAUAAAACCAUAUUUCUCACUAGCAUUUUCACACACACCCUCUCUUCAAAUAAUGAAUAUUGGUGUUAUUUCCUGAGUAUCGUUUGCUCAUUUUCAUUAUUCGUAUAGAUUUCUUAUAUUGAAUACGUUUCUAUCAUUACUAUUACAUUGAUUGUUAUUAUUUUUAUAUCGGAAAUCUAUAAAUACAUGUUUGAACUGUG